GAAAAAUUCUUGAAUACAAUUGUUGCCGUUAAGGCUGAUAAUGACUAUUUCUAAAUCAUUAGUAACCUAAAGUGUUUUAAUGAAGUAAUAGCUUCUAAAUAUAAAACUUUUAGUUGUAGGGUUGUGUGUUUUGCUUAUGGUGGUAUUUCAUUAACAGCAACAUAAAAGACAUUUGACAUGAUUUUGAAACAAUAGAUAUUUAUAAAUAUAUCUUUUUGUUUCUCUCAGCAAACUAGACAUUUCAUCACAUUGAUCAAGGCUCUAACCAUGCCCUUUCAUUUGCUACAUUGCUUAGCAGUAUCUUAUAGCUCUUCAGCCAGUCCACUUUGCAAACAAUCGUUUUCCAUCACCCUGCUCACAAAAGACACAAUGGCUGUAUUCAUUGAUCUGAUUUAUUGAUUUAUCUGUUUCUGCUUCUUGCUUUGUGUGAGUGAUUUUUGUGUAGCUGUGAUGAGAAUAAUGAGUGUUAAAGUGUAGUUACAAGUGAAUACAUGAUCUCACAGGCACAUAUUUUUGACCGUAAUGGAUUAUGGGAUGCUAGAAACUGUUUCUUCUUGGUUUGCUUAAUUUUUAUAGCUGUGUUGCUAAGAAAAAAAGAACUUGCUAGUCCCUCUAAAGGGGAAAUUCUGUGUAUCAAAGGACUGAUCCAAGAAAUCAAUUUUUCUUUUAGUUCCUGAGAUUAGAGAUUAAGUCAUUUCUACCUCAUUGUCCACAUAUAUAAAUGUGUUGCCUGAAUAAUUUUAUUUUGCACAAUGAUGAGUGUAUUACUCCAUUACACUUUUCAUUGCAAUAGCAGCGAUCUCGUUUAUUUUGUCUUGGCAACUUCAGUGUCCAUUACACUAAAAUUGUACACGGUGCAUGGUAUGAACUGGAGGUGAAUGUUACUAUUAAGAGAUGAGCAGCUUUAGAAGGGAUCAUCAACAGUGGCUCUUUUUGAUGAAGUUACUUUGCAGAAAAGGUUUGUGCAGCACCACUCCUCGUUCUGUUUUUCAGGGUUUUAGAUUUUGAUGACCUAUAUAGGAUUAGGAAUGAAACUGGUGCAGUUAUGUAAAUGUUAGUGAUAUUACUAUUGAAUUGGGAUUAACCUUACCAGCCUUAAAGGCCUACUUAACUACAAAUGUCAGAUAUGUACAGUUUGCAGAUUUUUUUAAAUUUUAUUUUUGACCGUCACGUAAAAAUUUGCCAAACAUAAUCUUCCAUUCAACAGUGUGUCAUGUUAAAUAGGCAUGUUACAGGAGCUGCCCAUUUAACUAAGACAUGUUUAGCAUGUUGGAAGAAUGACUGUCACUUUUACAAAAAUGACAGCCGAUUUCGAGAGCCUCCAAUGUUGAUUAGAGCUGGGCGCAGAAGGUGCGGGAGGGAGGGAAGGUUCCUGGCACGCCCACUCAUCGACUGACCCCGCGGGCCACUGGUGAAGCUGUCAGUGUUGGUGGCGGAUGGAGGUUAAUAAAGGCAGGGAGGUGAGUAGGUGCUUGUGAGGUGCUUAAAGUUCAAAGCUGCCGGGAUCUGCGGCGGGGAAACAACGGGUAGGGAGGGAGGUGGUUGAAGGCUCGCGCGCGGUUCCUUUUUUUUUAUGAUACCCGUGGCGUGCUAGAAUUGUUUAACACGAGAAUCGAAGAUACUUUUAAGUGCCAGGCUGUCAUAUUCUCACCAAGUCAUUGAGUGACGGGGGAGCAGGAGACGAGGAGCUAGAAGUCGCAGUCAGGAAGACGGAGUGAAACAAUAUUUCCAGUCUGGAAACUACAAGCAGACGAGAAAUGCUAGUGCUUUCUGCAGAAUUCCCCAAAACCGAAUACUGUAAAGGAAAAAAGUGACACCUGCCUCAAGAUGAUUACCGGCGGAGGUUGUAUAAUCGUGUGGUCUGGAAGGAACGAAGAGUGCAGAAUGAGGGAAGAUUGCCUGCGUCAAAUGUUUCUCAUUCCCACUCAUUUCAAAAGUGAUUCUUUAAUGUUGUGGUCGUAGCGGAGCCCUGCCGAAGUCGUUUCUUAAAUACAAAUUCCCUUGUUCAGACCACUGGUCGAAUCCGUCUCUGCACUACUGAUGACACUGUCCGUUCGUUACAAGCGCACGGCUUCCUGUCUCUGGGAAAAGUGGCGACUGGUGGCGACGGUUUACCUUAUUAUUUUGUGCGAGCGAAGAACUUCAAGGAUCAAGAAAUAGUCUGAAGCAAAAGUUGGCGCAUUCGCCUAAACCUUUUCAUUAUAAAAAAAAAAAACACGUAUUCGGAACAGGAUGCAUUAGAAAUGUAUUUAGCACACUGAGCACAAGUCAGUUUUUCUGUUGUUUUCGUUUACUGACGUUACUUCGACACUUUAAAAUCAUGGACAUUACUUUUUAGCCUUUGAGAAAGUUGCCUCAGUUUGCUUCAGCAGAUGUGCGUAGACGGCAGAUGAAUGGCAAGGUGCAUUUUGCUCAUCAGUUGAGACAUGAUGGAGCAUCUACAGCCCCCAACUUGCGACGCUGUGACCAUUUAUGGACAAGUUCCGUUCUAGAAACGCCGUCGCCUCGAGAUGGUGCUGUGCAAGAAGUGGACGGUGACCAGCGUCUGCCGAUGCGUCAGGAAACGUUGGAAAUCUUUUGCUCGCAACGUUGUCUUUCUUCCUCGCACUCAUCUGUGAUUUAGGGAACGUUUAUCCUUUUCAAAUCCUGGGAUUAUUGUGGAGAUAUUUUGUGAGGUUUUUAAUGGAUGACCAUGACGUUGCCAAGGAUUAACAGUCUCAGUGUGUUUUUGUCACCUGCAAGGCUGCUGGACAAGUUGCUAGUGGUGUGUCCAAAUGUUGAUUACUGUGAAGAGGUCCUCCCUCGCUCUGAACUUGAGGCUCAUCUUCUUCACAGGUGUCGGGGUGCAGUGACAAGAUGUAUCAAGUCCAGCUUAGGUUGUGGAUUUCAGGGACCUCGUAGUGCACUGCAGUCACAUUUGUGGGAAUGUGCAUUUCGUGAUCAGGCCUCAGGCAAAAAUCCAGUAUCUGAGGGAGAAGUAUCUACAAUCGAAAUCCAGCGCAGAGAAGAUGACCAGCUUGGCAUCAGUAUUGUAGGUGGUUGUGACACUCCUCUGAUAUGUACAGUCAUACAAGAAAUUUUCCCAGAGGGAGCAGUAUCGCAAGAUGGUCGCCUGAAACCUGGUGACCAGAUUUUGGAGGUGAAUGGUGAUGACCUGACACAGGCCUCACAUUAUCAUGCACACCAAGCACUGACCAAUUUCCUGCCUGUGUGUCGCCUCACUGUAUAUAGAGAGAGAGCUGAAGACAGUCGUCCAAUAGAGAAAGAAGAAAUUUUGAAAAUAACACUGAUGAAGCACAAAAAUAGGCAGCUUGGCAUAAAACUGGUUGGGAAAAGAAAUGGCCCUGGUGUUUAUAUUCUUACUCUAAUCACUGGGUCUCUAGCUGCAUCUGAUGGACGUCUGAAACCUGAUGACCGUGUGCUUGAGAUUAAUGGGCAGGACAUCACAUAUGGAACACAAGAGCAGGCUGCCCAUAUUAUCCAGACGAGUCCAGAGAGAGUUCAGUUUGUGGUUUCUCGUACUAGUCGACCACAGACACCUGACCUGAUUCGAUCUACCUCAUCCGAAAUGGCCAAACUUGGUGCAUUCUCUUUUGACCUAGAGGCUCCAGUAUGUCCCUUGCUCAAUGUUUGUAAGGAACGCCUUGUGUCCUUCACCAAGGAUCCAUCGGAGACCUUGGGGAUCAGCAUUGCAGGUGGUUUAAUAAGUCAGCGAGGUGACACACCAGUUUAUGUUACUAACAUAAAUCAAGGUGGUUGCAUAGGACGGUGUCGCCAAGUAAAGAAAGGUGAUGUUCUGCUUUCCAUCAAUGGUGCAAAUCUUCUGGGGAUUACCCAUGCUGAGGCUGUUCAGCAAAUCAAGCUGCAGGCCAAUGUGCGCAACUUAACCCUCAAGAUCAUUGAAGGCGCGGAAACACUAGAUGGCCCAGGCAAUUUUUCCCCAUCAUGGAUGUUUUGGCUUCAGAUGCCAAAGAUUUGUCAGACACUAAAGACACUGACUUUACUUCGAAGUCCAAGUGGAAGCCUUGGCUUCUCCAUCGUGGGAGGCAGUGAUAGCAGCCAUGGCAGCCUUCCUAUUUUCGUCAAAUCAGUGGUGCCAGAAACACCAGCAGCAAAAGAUGGAAGAUUAAAGUGUGGUGAUAUUCUUGUGAGUGUCAACGAGCACAGUUUACAUCAGGUGACACAUGCCUCUGCCGUGGAGAUACUGCGGCAAGUAGAUGGAGCAGUGACACUGUCAGUCAUAUCCUGGCCUGGUACAGUUGUAUGACACAGGCCUGCGUUCUAGGAUAGCCCAGGGCAACAGUUCUUAGAAAGCUGCCUGUGUAUCCUGAACUAGACUCUGAAGAUAUGAGGAGAAUGUGCCAGAUUCAGCAUCCUGCUGGUGUUGGAGACAUCUUACUGUGUAAAUAUUGAUAGGUCCUCCCUAGAGACAUUUUAUAUAGCAAUGCCUCAUAGAGGAAGGUGGUUUUCCACCUUUGAGAUGUACCCUGGUCUGUUAUUUUCUGGUGCAAUGAUGUGCACCAAACUCUAGGGGUCUGCAACAUUCCAGGUGUUGUCUGAAUGUCUUCAGCAUGAGAACAGGAGAUCAGGCAGUGAUUUGGUGCUGGCUGCAUCAUUAUUUUAUAUGAUGCAUCAUAGUUGAACCAGAUUUAAGGUGACAGGACAAAGGAACAUCUGACAUUACCCAGGAAAGGUGCUAAAUGAGUUGCAUAAAGUUGCUUUAUGCACAGAAAUGGGAGAGAAGCAGUGUGUAUCACUUAGUGAAGCAGUUACACCCGCAAAAAAUAAUGCAGCAGAAAUAUGAUGAGGAGAGCAUGGGCAUGCAAUCCCAGGCCUCAUCUACAGCUUACCUCCCAGAAUGCUAGUCAGACUGCGUGGCAUCUAAUCACAUCACACCAAUACCUCAGCUCUACCUGUUGCCUGUAUUGUACCUAAUAAUACUUUAAUACCAAAUUGCUUUGUAAAAACCACAGCAGUUCUGUUGCUAAGCGGCAAAGCUGUGUUGUGGGAAACUCACUGUUUUGUGCUGCAUGUAGAUGAUACUCUGUAACGGUUGACAUUGAUGAGGUGCUCGUAUCAAGAACUAUUUCACGACUUUGAAUGAGUCUGCCUUUCACCAUCCUGCUGCGGACGGGAUGCGUAAUCAAACUCGGUGACAGUGUAAGCUUGUAGCCUACCCACUGGUUUAUACUUUUUCUACAUCAAUAUACUGUAUCCAUUUCUACAUCAGUAUACAGUACCCAUUUAAAAAAUAUAUCUAUAAUGGCAGGCAUAUCAAACCAAACAGGAACCUAGAAAUUCUGUCAAAAUUUUAAACUUUCUAGACUGAGAGAAAUGGCUCUGAACAACAGUUUUUGCCUGUAUUAAUAGAAAAUAGUGUAAAUGCCUUAGUCUUGCUAAGCAAGCUUGUGGUGCUUGAAGACCUCAUUUACUAGACUUACAAAAUGAAAGAGCUUUCUAUGAAAACAUGCAGCUGAGGGAAAAAAGUAUCUCUUAAUUAUAAGACAUAUCAGGAAAUUGUCCUUACUUUUGGAGAUGGACAGUUAAAAAAAAAAA